AUGGAUGGUAUGGACCUAACUGUGAUCAACAAGAAAUUGACUAUUAUCAUCGCCGGCAAAACAAUUGAGGCUGUAGGGAAUGCUAUUUAUAUUAGUGGAAAAGAAGUUGUCGAAUAUAAGACGGAUAUCUUGCCAGCCGGUUUAAGCAUAAAAAAGGGAGAUAAUUUUAUUAACUUACAUUACUCAAAGGGUAUUCGCAUCAAAAUGAAUAUUGAAUCAGCAAUCUUCAUCUCGGUCGAAGAAAGUCUUAAGAAUAAAAUGUCGGGUUUAUGCGGAGAAUACAAUGACAACACAACCGAUGUUUUGCCGACGUUGUUUAAUUGCGUGACUCCACAAUUACAAAGUAACAUAUCUGAUGGCUGUUUUCCAUUGAUUGAUCCAGGUGGUGCAUUUUAUGAAUGUUCAAAAAGCGUUAAUGCUCAACCAUUCUAUGAAGCAUGCAUGAGUGAUUAUUGUUCGACUAUAAAGACGAGUAACGACACUAAUUUAAAUGGUGUAUUGUGUAAUGCAUUUGAAGCUAUGGCACAAGAAUGUCUUGAUGAAUCAAUUAGCGUUAACUGGCUUUCAUCGACUGGAUGCGGUAUGUUAUGA